AUGUGUGUGGAGGUUCUCAGUCUUCAGGUCCUGGUUCUCCACACAGAGCUGGACUGUAGGUUCUCCAAGCCGUUUCUCUUCUUCACUGCUGACAGACGGCGGGACGUCCCAGCUGUUUCACCUGUGGGAACGUCCAGGAGCCAGGUGACCCUAACGACCACCAGAUGUCCCCAACGACCGCCAGUAGGGGUUGCCAUGGCAGUACAGCUGGAUCAGGACCAGUUACCACUGACCAGCAGCACCAAUGAGAGUGUCUCCUUCAGAUGUACAGGCACUGACCAGUGUCGCUACAACUAUGUGUACUGGUACCAGAAGAACGAGACAGACACAUUCACAGUGAUUCUUCGUAUUGAUGUUUUUGUCACAGCACUUUUCACUGUGGGGAGCAGCAACUGGUACUGGAUCUAUGGCUCAGGCACCAGGCUGUAUGUAACAGAUCGUCCAGUUGUGCCGCCCAAAGUGAGCAUCUACCCAGCGACCAGAGCCGACCUGAAGGGGAAGAGCUCCCUGCUGUGUCUGGCCACAUCCAUGUUUCCUCCUGAGGUCCAGUUCUCCUGGAGGACACAGGAGAACAACGGGCCGAUUCCUGAGGGAGAGCGAGUGGAGCUCAGAGAGGAAGAGCACGCCGCCUCCAUCUUGCUGAUCGAUCAGGAGGAUCUCAUCACGUAUCAAUACAUCUGCUCCGUCAAACACCAAGGGGGCACGGUGGAGGCCAUGAUAAAAGGAGUGUCCUUCCAGUUCCAGUGCAGGGUGAAGCUGCUCUCUCUGGUUUCCACAGUGAUGAUAGUGAAGAGCAUGGUGUACUGCUGUGGACUCUCUCUCCUGAUCAUCCACAGAAACAAGGGACCUGCUGACUGACUGUCCUGCAGCGCCGCCUGAUGAUG